CGAAACUUUUUAAAAGCACUUCUCUUUCCCUUCCUAUGUGUUUUGAUGACCGUAGGUUCACUUCGUAACACAUAAAAGUUCUUAUCACCGCAAAUUCAGACCCUUCUAACAGAUACCAUCAGCCACCACCAAAGGGACUAAAUCAUCAAAGUUUUUCUUUUGUUAUGGGGAAGAGAAAGAGAAGUAGUGGUGAUCAUAACAAGACCAAGUGCACUUCUUCUUCGGAUGACUUGCCAUGCUCUUCUGGAACAGAAUUGUUGUCUAGAGAGAAAUCUUAUUUGCUAGAGUCUAGUGAAUCAAGGCCUCUCAUACCCAUGGUGGAUACUUCAGAUAACACUGUAAAGGUAUUGAAUGCGCAACAUUCUCAUGCACAUCAGAAUCACAACCUUGGCCGUUCAAUAGUCUUGAAACGAUCACGACACUACUAUGGUCAUCAAUACUCCCGGAGAAACUUGGGGAGCCAUGCUGAUGCAUCAACUUCUCAUGGGAAGACUGCCCUUUCACGUAAUGAGAGGCUUACCUUCAAGCUUAUGAGUCAACCAGGCUCCAAGCCUGGGUGCCAUACAGAAAACAAGGAAAUAGAAUUUAGCAGGCCAGACAGGGUUAGAUUCAGUUCCUUGGUAAUGAAUGCAGUUUCAUCUGAUGCAGUGAAGAUGGUAUGUGGAAUCUGUCAGAAACUAGUGAGAAGGAAAAAUUAUUUUCUAGGAAAUGCAUUAACUACUGGUGAAUUCUCUGUUGUGGCCAUUCUAGUUUGCGGUCAUGUUUAUCAUUCAGAAUGUUUGGAGCAGAAAACAAGUAUUGAAGAUAUGCGUGAUCCUCCCUGCCCAUUGUGCUCGGGCUUGCUCUCUGAAGCAGAUGCCUCUAGAGAAGAAGAGUAAUGUGAUGUUGACUUACAUCUACGCUAUUGAUUAUCUAGGACAGACGUAACAGAGUAUAGGUGGUUGAAAUAGACUUAGCGAGGUGUCAUUAGGACUAAAGGAUUUUGAUCGGCAGUUCUUCACAGUCUCAUUGCUGUCGAGAAUGUUGAAAAGAAGUAUGAGCUGCAGUCAUCUCUCAUUAGUGCUAGGCCUAGAGAGAGACACCGCAGUUUUUGUCAAGAUACGGACACCAGUUAAGGUGGCAUAUUUAGGAGAAUAUAUUAGUAAAUGACAAUUUUAGUUUUGUUGUACGAGUUGACAAUGUUGUACACACGUUUGUAUUGGUGUAUGAAGUGGCGGUACAACAAAUUCAAAAUAUCAGUAAAUGACUAUCGUAGUUUUUUGGUA